AUGAUUACUGGAAAGGACAUCUAUGAUGUUCUUGCUGCAAUCAUACCCCUUUAUGUUGCUAUGAUCUUAGCCUAUGGAUCAGUACGGUGGUGGAGAAUAUUCACCCCUGAUCAAUGCUCCGGAAUCAACCGUUUUGUGGCGGUUUUUGCUGUUCCAUUACUAGGCUUCCAUUUCAUCUCAACAAACAAUAUCUACGAAAUGAAUUACCAUUUCUUAGCUGCAGAUUCAUUGCAGAAAGUAGUGAUCCUAGGAGCCCUUUUCUUAUGGCAUGCCUUUAGUAAAAAUGGUAGCCUGGAAUGGAUGAUCACUCUGUUCUCCCUUUCAACUCUGCCCAAUACCCUUGUCAUGGGAAUCCCUCUUCUCAGAGCCAUGUAUGGAGAUUUCUCAGGGAAUCUCAUGGUUCAAAUUGUGGUUAUGCAGAGUGUUAUUUGGUACACUCUGAUGCUAAUCAUGUUUGAAUACAGAGGAGCAAAGCUUCUGAUUUCAGAACAGUUCCCUGAAACUGCAGCUUCCAUUACUUCAUUCAGAGUUGAUUCUGAUGUUGUCUCUUUAAAUGGCCGGGAGCCUUUACAGGCUGAUGCUGAGAUUGGUGAUGAUGGGAAGUUGCAUGUUGUUGUUAGAAGAUCAGCUUCGGCUUCCGUGAUUUCGUCGUAUAAUAAAGGGUUGCAUUCCUCAGCAAUCACUCCAAGAGCAUCAAACUUGACUGGUGUGGAGAUUUACUCAGUUCAAUCUUCCAGGGAGCCAACACCAAGGGCUUCAAGCUUCAAUCAGACGGAUUUCUACGCCAUGUUUUCGGGCAAAGGCGGGAUUAGCAGUCCGAAACAUGGGUAUACUAACAGUUAUGGGGGAGAUGUUUUCUCAGUCCAAUCUUCCAAAGGGCCUACUCCAAGGGCUUCAAACUUUGAUGAUGAAGUGAUGAAGAUGGGGAAUAAGAAGAGGGGUGGAAGGAGCAUGAGUGGGGAAAUGUUCAAUAACAAUAAUAAUAAUAAUGUAACUUCUUCUUACCCUACCCCAAAUCCAUUGUUUUCAGGUUCUGGAUCAGUUGGUCCUAAGAGGAAAGAAAGUGGAAGUGGCACAGCUCCUAACAAGGAACUUCACAUGUUUGUUUGGAGUUCAAGUGCUUCCCCUGUAUCUGAAGCCCAUAUGAAAAAUGCCGUUAAUGGAGCUGCAGCCGAAUUAGGCUCUGUUGAUCCUUCCAAGCUUCACAAUGACAUUGCUGCAUCAAGAGGAAUUGGAAGCCCUGCAGCUGGGAAAAACAAGGAGAUUGAAAUGGAUCAGGAUGGUUCAAAAGUGCUGUCUAUAAAUGCUUCUCCUUAUUCAUGCAAAAAUAAGAUUGAUUUAGAAGAAGGAGGUGAAGUUAAAAAGCACCAGAUGCCUCCUGCAACUGUAAUGACAAGACUUAUCCUGAUCAUGGUCUGGAGGAAGCUUAUCAGGAAUCCCAACACUUACUCAAGUCUUUUUGGACUCAUUUGGUCUCUCAUUUCCUUCAGGUGGAACAUUCAAAUGCCUACAAUAGUGAGGGGAUCAAUCGCCAUCCUUUCUGAUGCAGGUCUUGGAAUGGCCAUGUUCAGUCUAGGUUUGUUUAUGGCUUUGCAACCAAAGAUCAUAGCCUGUGGGAAGUCGGUGGCAACAUUUUCAAUGGCUGUCAGGUUCUUAACUGGACCAGCAGUCAUUGCAGCAACUUCUAUUGCUAUUGGUCUUCGGGGAGUCCUUUUACAUGUUGCAAUUGUUCAGGCUGCUCUACCUCAAGGCAUUGUUCCCUUCGUGUUUGCGAAAGAGUACAAUGUCCAUCCUGACAUUUUGAGCACAGCGGUUAUCUUUGGAAUGCUGAUUGCUUUGCCAAUUACCAUACUUUACUAUGUGCUUCUGGGAUUGUAAGUUACUCCAAAAUGCAGCAAUAGGCCACAGGAAGAGAAAAAGGUUAUGUACGGACCAUGGACCAUGGACCAUGGAUGAAUCUAAGACAGAUGGAGUUAACUGCGAACCAAACUGAGCAAAUGGCAAUUAAAAAAAAAAAAAAAUUGCCAUUGGAUUCAGUGCAUUAUGACUUGGAAACUACUUCUGUGCUGCCUCCUGCAUGUGACAAUCUAUGGGGAGGAUUCAAUAUAGAGAUUGCUUCAUUUAAUUUUUUAAAGGUAGUUCUUAACAUAUUUAUGUAAGAGUUGGGAUCUCCUAGCUCUCUCUCUUCCUUCUUUGUUAGGAAAAAUGUAAGGUAGGCAAAAUGUAACAAGUUAACUAGUGUGUUAUAGAUCCAAGUUUAGCGGUGUGUGGAAUCUUAGAUUUCUUAAUCUUGUAGUGUGAUCUAGUAGUACUGCUUUUAUGAUUCUUUUUGUUCACUAGUAGCUAGCAAUCUUUAACCUCCUACACACAAACUUUGACAUGGA